UAACAGAUGAAAAAAUAAUAACUUCAAUAAUUUAAUGAUCUCACUGUUACUCGUGUCAUUAAUUGUUUACUUCAAAAGUAUAUUGUAGCACAAAAUGAAUUUAUAUUUCAAUAACUUGCUCAAUUUUUAUAUUUAAUAAUAAUAGUGAAGUAACUUGAUGUCAUCGUUAUUAUCAUAUAUAAUUAGAUAAUAAAUAAUUCGAUUGAGUUAGAAUUUUCCAUGUGAUUUACCGAGUGUUAAAAAAAAAAAUAAAUAAAAUGGGGUUAGGAAAAUACUGGCUAAGAUUUUUAAUAAUCAUAGUUGUUUUAAUUGUAUUCCGGCAGUUUGUUAAAACGUGGACAGGAAUUUUAGAAGAUAUUCCAGUUAAUUUACAGUUGAAAGAAAAUGAUGAGGAGAAUGUGGACGUAGUUAAAGCAAAAGAUGUACAAAAAGUUGUUGUCGCUGUUUAUUAUGAAGCAUUGUGUCCAGAUUCACGUGGGUUUGUGAUAAGACACGUCGAGCCUACGUAUCAAAAGCUACCUGAUAAUGUUAUCAUUCAAAUGAUUCCAUAUGGAAAAGCCACGACUACUGAGCUACCAAAUGGCUAUAAAUUUACAUGUCAACACGGUCCAAGAGAGUGUGAAGCAAAUAUGAUUCAUGCUUGCGCUAUCGACAUUAUUAAAAAUCCUGCUGUUCAAUUAAAUUUCUUAACGUGUAUGAUCGAGCAUAAUUUAUGGCCAGUAAAUAUAACUCGUACGUGUGCUGAAAAAUAUCAUUUAGAUGCAGAGCCUAUAUUAAAUUGUAGUAGAACUAAUCGAGGACCUGAAUUAUUGGCACAAUAUGGCAAAAUGACACAUGCAUUGAAACCUCCCAUUACUUUUAUACCUACAAUUACUCUCAAUGGUGAUUCCGAUGAUCAGUCAUCAAUUUUGAUAAAUUUAUUAAAAGAAGUUUGUAAGAAAUUUAAAGUUCUUCCCAAUGGUUGUAAAACACUUCCAGUAGAACAAUCUUAAAUAAAUUAGCAAGGAAUUUUUUACACAAGCUAUUAAAUUUUUCUACAUAAUAUAUGAUAUAUAAAACUUAAGAUAAGCUUUAUUUAAGUCUGUUAUUAUUAAAGAAUAAUAUGAACUAUUUACAAAUUGUUAAAGGUAAUUAUCCAAGCAAAAGAAACCGUCGAUAUAUAUAGUGUACAGAUUUAUGUAAAAAAUUUUUUAUUAAUUAAAAUAAAACUAAUAAGUAGCUUAA